AUGUCAUUCGACGCCUCGGAGCAGCAGUUGCGACAGCGUGUAAACCUCCUCGUGGAAGGUGUUCGCUUUGUUGUUGACGUUGACUCCCUACGGGCUCACCCUGACACUAUGCUGGGUCGCAUGUUCCAAUCUGGUUUCAUAGAAAGCACCGCUACUGGUUCCUACGACGGCUUAGUUGGAUACGGGACUGCCCAUGUGCCUAGCGGAACUACAACCUGUGAGGAGGAUGACGCCGAUGUAGAUGAUGAUGAUGCUGAGGAGGAUGAAGAGGUAGAAGUCAGUGGGACUAGUUCUGUGUGCAGUGGUGGUCGGACAGCGGACGUGGAACAUUGGAUGGCCUCGGCAUCGACGUCGACAUCCCAUGGCGUUGGUAGUGGAGCCGUCUCGGGCGUUACUCAUUCCGCUCCAGCCUCCUAUCGAUCGCACCGCGGUAGUCUGUGCGGUGGCGGGUGUGGAGGCCUGAGGCGAUCGCGUCAGGAUCGACGGAGAACUCAGCGACGUCAUCGACAUCCCUCACUGCAGUCUCAGGCUACCAACACCUCAACAGAUGUGUGCUUGAGUGGGGCAGGUGUAGCGGCCAAUGUCUUUCGGGUCAUUCUUGACUACUAUCUUUUGGGUAAAAUGACCUGCCCACCGGAUGUCUCCGUACGGCAGCUCAAGGAGGCCUGCGAGUACUUCCUUAUCCCUUUCAACCACGAAACUAUCUCCUGUUCCAACUUGCGUAAGUCAACUACUAAUGAGCAGAACGACACAAUUUCCUAUCUUAAAAUCUGCUACCAAAAUUACACUCAUUUGAAUGUAAACUUUCCAGAUCACGAAGACCGAUCAACCAUAAUCACGAUUCACUAA